AGGGGGCAGUAUAUGCAACAAUAAGGAUGCAGACUGCCGUUAAACGUGAAGAAGAAGACUUAAACCUUCAGCACACGUUUUACUGACAACCGGCAGAAGAAAAAAACCCCACCGAUGUUUACAGUCACCUGUAUUCAUUUUGCAUAUUUACCCGCAGGCGCUUAUUUGAAAGUCAAAAAUGGCAUUGGCAGCUGCACGCAGCAUGUCAGUCUUUGCCAAACGCAGGCUUGUGUGCACUUUCAGGCACACCUGCCUGUUGUUUUCAACUAAUGGCACUGAUCUAGCUGACCAAGGGAAAUCACCGAGGAGAAAACGUCCUAAGAAACCUCCCUGGACUGAUAACCUAUCCUGGGAGGACAGGCUGGCUGAUGUGGUCACCCCUUUGUGGAGGCUGAGCUAUGAUGAGCAACUUGAGCUCAAGCAAAAGCAUCAGGAGAGGAUACUGUCUAAACUCUGUGGGUAUCUCUCAGGUGACUUACAAUCACAGUCACCUGUCAGUAGACUCACCUUCCCCGUGCUGCCUAUCCUGCCAUCACCUGUGAGGGAUGGCUACCGCAACAAGUCUACGUUUUCUGUCAACAGGGGGGUAGAUGGAAAUCCAAAAACAGUUGGAUUCUACAUUGGCAUGGGUAAAAAGGGGAACAUUGUCUGCAUCAACGGAGACCACCUGCUCAACAUGCCGGAAAAGCACAAACUGGUAGCCAGGUGUUACCAGGACUUUAUCCGCCUCUCUCCUCUGGAGCCGUGCCUGCUCUUCCACACUGGGGGUCACUGGAGAGAGGUCACAGUGAGGUCCAACGCAGAGGGCCACACCAUGGCUAUAGUGUACUUCCAUCCACAGACGCUCACCCCAGAAGAGGUGGCAGUCCAUAAGGCUGACCUGGUGGAUUACUUCACGCGUGGGCCUGGAUCAGUCUGUCAGCUGGACUCGCUGUUCUUCCAGGAGAGCACCAUGACUCGCUGCACUCAUGAGGAAUCCCCCUACCAGCUAUUGCAUGGUCAGCCACACAUAUAUGAGGAGGUGCUGGGCUUCAAGUUCCGCAUCUCUGCAGACGCCUUUUUCCAGGUGAACCAGGCAGCUGCUGAGGUGCUGUAUGGUACAGUGAGAGACCUGUGUGUCCCGAACCACGAGGAAGGUGGAGGAAGAACAAAAGUCGGCGGUACUCUCCUAGAUGUGUGCUGUGGGACAGGUGCCAUAGGUAUCACUAUAUCCCCCAGAGUGGACAGGAUUGUUGGUAUAGAGCUCGUAGAACAGGCAGUGGAAGAUGCUAGACACAAUGCAGCUCUCAGUAACGUACUGAACUGUGAGUUUAUUCCAGGCAAGGCAGAGGUGGUGCUUCCUGGUUUUAUGUCUCAGUUGGACAUCACAGGUGGAGACCUUGUGGCAGCUGUGGUGAACCCGGCUCGAGCUGGCCUGCACCACAAAGUGAUCCGAGCCUUACGAAACCAACCCGCUAUCCGUAGGCUGGUCUAUGUUUCCUGUAAACCGGAUGGAGAGGCUAUGAGGAACUUCAGGGAGCUUUGCUGUGCUCCUGACCCACAGAAGAAACUCACAGGAGAGGCAUUUUCUCCCAGUCUGGCUGUGCCUGUGGACAUGUUCCCUCAUACUCCUCACUGUGAAGUGGUGCUACUUUUUGAAAGAUAGCUGCUAAUGCUUUUUGUUCUUUUUGCUAUACCAUAACUUGCCAUAUUGAUGCAUAGUCUUUGUUUGUCAUGUAAGUCAAAUAAUCCACAUUUCAAAAACA